UACCGCGGGUCAACCCCACCUGCACGCCAAAGCGAAUCGCCGCGGAUCACGCGACGCAACUCUACGGAGACGUUAAUCGAUCCAUCCAUGGCAAGCUUACGGAUCUUGCUAAAACCGUGGGGCUUUCGUGGCUCGAUCGGGUGACGUAUACUCCCUAUCUGGUUGUGCUAGGGAGAUGAUCAAGGACAUGAGCGGCAGCAAGAAGGCGGGAGAUCAUCCGGUGGCGGAUGCGGCGUGGCCGGCGAGGGGCGCCGGCGCGGCGAGGAGGAAGGACGGCAUGGGCAGGGCGGGCGUGCUGCUCAUCGUGUGCCUGUUCACGCUGCCGUUCAUGGCUCUCCUCUUCGGCGGCCGGGCGGGCGCGCUGGCCGUGUGGCAGAACGCCGCCAAGCUGCCCGUCAUGGGCGGAGGAUUACUGAACGUCUCUCGUCAGAGCGCGGCCGGUGCGGACGAGCUCUUUGGCGGCCUGCUCUCGCCGGGCUCCGACCGGCGCGCGUGCCUGAGCCGCUACCAGUCCCCGCAUUACUACAAGCACUCCCCGUACGCGCCCUCGCCGCACCUCCUGCGGAAGCUGCGCGACUACGAGGCGCGGCACAGCAGGUGCGCCCCCGGCACGCGGCCGUACGCCAAGUCCGUCGAUCACCUCCGGUCCGGCGGCAGCAGCAGCAAGGAGGACGCGGAGUGCAACUACGUCGUGUGGAUCCCCUACAAUGGCCUCGGCAACCGGAUGCUGUCGCUGCUCAGCACGUUCCUCUACGCGCUCCUCACCGACCGCGUCCUCCUCGUCCACUCCACGGACGACUUCACCGGCCUCUUCUGCGAGCCGUUCCCCGGUGCGAACGCGACCUGGGUGCUCCCGCCGGACUUCCCCGUCGCCGACAUGUCCUGGCUCGGGGUAGGCUCCAACCAGUCGUACGGGAACCUCCUCGACGGCAAGAAGAUCGCCGACGACCCGGCCAAGGCGACGGCGCAAUCGGUGCCGCCGUACGUGUACCUGCACCUGGCGCACGACCUCCGGCGCUCGGACCGGCUCUUCUACUGCAACGACGACCAGCUCGUGCUGGCCAAGGUGAACUGGCUGCUGGUGCAGAACGACUUCUACUUCGUGCCGGCGCUGUACGACAUGGCCGAGUUUGAAGCUGAGCUCCGGAAGCUGUUCCCGGCCAAGGAGAGCGUGGCGCACCUUCUCGGCCGGUACCUGUUCCACCCGUCCAACUCCGUCUGGGGCAUGAUCACCAGGUACUACCACACGUACAUGGCCCAGGCGGAGGAGAGGAUCGGCGUGCAGAUCAGGAUGUUCUCCUGGGCAACCAUCCCUGUGGACGACAUGUACGGCCAAAUCAUGGCGUGCUCCCGACAGGAGCACAUACUGCCGGACGUCGUCGAUGGCGACGCCGCGGCGAGCAGUAGCCACGUCCACGGCGGCUCCAAAUCCAAGGCCAUCUUGAUCGCGUCGCUGCAAGCAGACUACUACGACAGGAUCAAGUCGACGUACUACGAGCACGCGGCCAAGGGCGGCGGCAUGGUGGGGGUGUUCCAGCCGAGCCACGAGGAGCGGCAGAUAAUGGGGCAGCGGCCGCACAACCAGAAGGCGCUGGCCGAGAUCUACCUGCUCAGCUUCUCCGACGUGCUGCUCACCACGGGGGCGUCCACGUUCGGCUACAUGAGCAGCAGCCUCGCGGGGCUGCGGCCCACGAUGCUGAUGGUCCCGGAAGACGGCAAGGUGCCCGAGCCGCCGUGCGUGCGCGCCGUGUCCAUGGAGCCGUGCUUCCACAUGAUGCCCGAUGUGGAGUGCCGGGGGAAGGCGGUGAACAAGGAGGAGCUGUCUCGCCACGUCAAGGAGUGUGAGGAUGUAGGCAAAGGGAUUAAAUGGAUCAAAGGUAUCAAGUUAUUUGAUUAAUUAGAAAAACCAACUGGUCAUCAACCCGGCCGGGAUAGUCAUUUCUCAAAUUAGUAAGACAAAAUUACUGCAAUUUUGCUUCUAAUUAAGAGUCGACUGAAACUUUUGUUGUAGCUAGUUUUUGUAGUGAUUUCGAUCGAUUUAAUCUAUUUAUAACUCUAAAA